AUGUACGUGAUUCAUGAAGAUAACUUUGAAAUAAAAAUGAACAGUGCAGACGGUAGGUAUGAAGUUUCUUAUAAACCGAACGUCGUCAUAUUCAGCAGUGGAGAAAUACUCUGGAUCCCACCAGCCAUCUACAAAAGUUCUUGCACCAUCAAUGUUCAAUAUUUUCCAUUUGAUGAGCAAAGAUGCCUCAUGAAGUUCGGCAGUUGGACUUUCAAUGGAGACCAGGCGUUCUGGAUUGGUACGAAGGUCAACGAAAAAGGGAUCCAAGGGACCUCGUUGAACAGCGGAAUUGGGAAAUCAUCGGCAGUCCAGGAGUGUAACAUCGGAACGGGGGAUACCUGGAGCACCAUUCACAGGCCAUGA